CCACAGUCGCAAUGUUAGUAUGGCGUUAACAGCGUUAGAGUUGAUAUUGGUUGAUAUAUCAUAAUAGGAGCACAGUAUAUACAACGUCGAUUGUAAAUUAAAAUUUGUGAUCUAAUUUUAAUUUUUUUAUAUCGCAGAAGAUUAAUUCACAUAUAAUAUAGAACUAUUACAAGAGCAGCAAUUUGUCAGAAAUGUUAUCAUCAAUUGUGAAAGAACAUCAGAGCAAGCAAGUGAUAAGAAAAGAAAGACAAGAACAAAAACGAAAAGAAGCUGUUCAGGCUGCAAGCAAUUUAACGCAAGCUCUUGUUGAUCAUUUAAAUGUUGGAGUAGCUCAGGCGUAUUUAAAUCAGAAAAAACUAGAUGCAGAAGCAAAACAAUUACAGCAUAGUGCAACCAAUUUUGCCAAACAAACACAAUUAUGGUUGAAUUUGGUAGAAUCUUUUUCAAGUGCAUUAAAGGAGAUUGGAGAUGCAGAAAACUGGGCACGCAGUAUAGAAGGAGAUAUGAGAACAAUAGCCACUGCCUUAGAAUAUUCAUAUAAAGCUACACAAGAGAAUCAAAAUGUUAGCAAUACUUGAAGAUAUUAAAGUGCAAGAUACUUUCUCUGAUUAUGACAAAAUUACAAAUGAAAUAUAUUUAAAACUAUUUGGUUAGGUAUACCAUUCCUGGUUUUUUCAAUUUUAUAUCAUUAUUAUCUCACACAUUUUUUAAAAAUACAUAUUUAUAUUUAAAAAAUAAUCUUUA